AUGACGCCCUCCCCCGCUGUCCCAACCCCUCUCGCGUCAGAUUCGGCCUCCGCGCCCGAGAAAAACGCGAGGAACGCCUCCACAGCCAAGCUCCGCAGCUGCGUCGUGUGUCGCAGUCGUAAAGUGCGCUGCGACAAGCUGUCACCAUGUUCAAACUGUCGCAAGGCUAAUAUUCCCUGUGUUGUGCCCUCCAAUGACCGUCCGCCAAGAUGGGCAAGGCGCUUGGAGCGCAUAGCCGAUAAUGGACAGGGCACUGCAGGUCAAGGUGGCAGCUCUGGGACCGACCAGGUCAUGAAUAGACUGCGGACGCUGGAGAAUUUGGUUAAGGAGUUGAGUGGACAGCUUGAGGUGGCUAAUGCUGCUGCGAGUCGGGGCGCUUCUUCUGAUGCGUCAUCGCCUCAAGAUGCUGUGAAGGACGCAGCUAGUCCUUCGUCAACUUCAACGGCUUCAGAUGUGCAAAAGCAUUUUGGAAGAAUGGUGAUCAAGGAUAAGAAUAGAGAGAAGUACGUAGCAAGUGGCUUCUGGUCCCGUAUCAGCGAUGAGCUCGAUGGGCUGAAGAUGGACACUCGUAGGAUGGCAGAUGAUGAUGAGUCUUCUGAAGACGAAGACUUCCCGGUCAGCACGCCUUCAACUCAAGAACUCUACCGAGAACCCUCGGAGCGGCAUGCUUUCCUGUUUCGAAACAGCCAUGCUCCAGCGUCGCCCGGCGAACAGGACUUCAGCCCGUUACCGUCUCAGAUACCCUUCCUGCUGGACGUAUUCGACGAGAACAUUAAUCUCAUCAUGCACAUCGUGCAUAUGCCGAGUAUCAGGAAGAUGGUCCGUCCAUCUCCCGGGACAGCGGCCAACAUAUCCCUCAAGCACCAAGCGCUGCUCUUCUCCAUCUACUACGCUGCCAUCACGUCCAUGGAAGACGACGAUGUGCUAGCAAACUUUGGGUCUACUAAGACGGAGCUCAAUAUGAAAUUUCGGCGGGGCCUUGAACAGGCUUUGGCAAGAGCAGACUUUCUCAACAAUCCAGAUAUUGUCCUUGUACAGGCCUUGGUCAUCUUUCUAUCUCUCGCCCGGCGUUACGAUAGCCCUGUAUACGUGUGGAUGAUGACGGGUCUGAUGAUCCGUAUGGCUCACGCCGUCGGUCUACAUCGAGACGGUUCGAGGUUCCAGCAUUUAUCACCGUUCGAAGUUGAGCAACGACGUCGUCUUUGGUGGAUGAUCAUUACAGUCGACAUUCGCGCGUCUGAAGACCAGGGAACUGAAUUCUCAAUCACGCAAGACAGCUUCGACACCAAGAUACCUCUCAACGUCAACACUUCGGACAUCGAGCCUGACACGAAAGAGACUCCCCCAGAGCGCAAAGGCGUUACAGACAUGUCUUUUGCACUCGCCAUGUGUGAACUAGCAAGAGUUUCGAGACAGCUGAUGGCAUCAAGUAUCCACUCACCUGGGCCUACUCUGGAAGAGCAAACUCAGUUGCUUGAUGGUAUUCAGGAAAAACUUGAGAAUGGCUACCUUUUCCGCUCCGCUCACCCAGAAGAUAUAGCUAACUGGGUCGGGAUCGUGUGUACGCGGCUUGUCCUUUCCAAGUUGACACUCUUGGUAUACCUUCCCUCGCUUUUUGCGUCGCCCAAUGAGCGUUUCUCGGACGAGAUUCGAGACAAACUGCUUGUCGCAGCUAUCGAGGUGGCAGAGCAUAACCACGCGCUCAAUGCUGAAACGAAAUGUCGCCAAUGGCGAUGGAUAUACCAGACAUAUACUCAUUGGUAUGCCAUUGUAUGGCUGUUGAUCGAGAUAUCCAGACGGCAGUGGUCGCCUACUGUUGACCGCGCAUGGGUGGCUCUGCACAGCGUCUGGCUGAUACCGUCGCAGCAUAACAUGGCCAAGAAUGCGCGCAUGUGGAUUCCACUGCGUCGAUUGAUGGCUAAAGCGAGGAGCCAUCGGGACGAGCAACUGGCGCAAAUCCGGAACAACCCUGCCAUGAUUGAGUCUCUGGAGCAGGCUGAUCGCGACCUCCCUAUUCCUAUCAGCCCGGAAUCGUUGCAGGAGACAAAUUCGCAGCAGCGGUUCCUUGAGCAUUGGCGCUCUGCUGUCGGAAAGACAAGCUAUGGCAUUUCCGAGCAACCUGGGCCCCAAACUGGUGAUAGCAACACGACGCAAUCUCUAGCUAAUCCGGCCAUGGGUGACAGUGCCACCCAAUGGGCGAACCCCUCUUUUGACUUUGCGUUUCCCCAAACAUUGGCUGAUGGUCAGCCUGGAGAUGCAGGUGUUGCAUCAUGGCUUUGGAAUGAUAUGGAUCAGAGUGGUAAUGCAUUGGCAGAUAUCAAUAUGGACAUUGAUACUGAUAUCGACUGGAAUACAUGGCUACAGUCUGCUACGGGUAUGGAAUUGAAUGCGGGAAACACGGGGCCGAUUUGA